AUGGAUCCAUGGGUGCAAUCAGUGGUGGAUGGACAAUCGGAGUCGCUGGCAGAAGCUAUGGAGCAAUUGAAACUAUUUGGCAAGGCGAUUGGAUCAAUGGAUGGUUCCUUUUCAUUUCCACCUGGAGGAGAUCAAGUUCUGAGAGAUGUCUACGAGAGAGCUGCUCAACUUGCAGAGAUAUCUGAAAAGUUUGGAGGAUUGGAUGAGAAUACGAAGCAAUUCAAGAUAGAUGUACGGAAGUCUCAAAUGAAACCUUCAAAUUUGGACAAGUUCAACAAUUUGAUGGAGAAAAUUAAUCUUCUGGGAGAUCAAUACCAGGCAACUCUGAAAGUUAUCGACCUGGCUGCAAAGUUGACUGGAGAUAACAACGACGAUCUGUCAAAGAUGCUGAAAAUAAUUGCAAAUUCUAAUACUAAAACUGCUCCAACUCAAUUGAAAACUCUUCGGGAAAGUUUGGAAUUCAAGACGAUUCUCGAUCUUCUCCGAGGUGCUGAAAAAGAGCUAAAUACUCUGCAGAAUCAAAACUCUACGGUCAUCGAUCUUGCGAAGACAAUCGGAGAAGAAUAUGGAGAGGUGAAGACGUAUAUGGAUGGAUUGGGUGGAUUCUUUGAUGGUGUUGAUCAGAUUCGACAUCUCAAGGGAGUCGAUGUGUUGGGAGAAGUCAUUGAAGCCAUCAAAAUGUUCCGAGGAUACAAUGAAAGUGCGCUGAGUUUUGGGAAAAUCAAGGAAGCCAUUCCGAGUGUCCAACAGAAGAUGGUGGAUCUCCAGGUGGCUAUGGGUAUCUUGAAAGUUGCGGAUAGUUUAGAAGUGAAUGCGUUGGCUGGACUUCAGGAUGUGCUUCUAGACUCUCAAACAAUUGGAUCGGCGUCACGGAUCUUUUGGAGUAUAAAGAAGGUCGACAAGGUUGUUGUGUUGGGGCAAGAGACGGUGAAGAUUAUUCAAGAUAAGAUUAAGGGUGUGGAUCAGGAUGAUCAGAAGAAUUUCGAUCAGUUACUCCUAAUCGAUAACCAGUUGACUACUGUAUACGCACAAAUCGAUGGAGUCAAAAAGUCUGCCCUACCACCUCUUACAUCUGAUCUAUCCUCACUUCAUCCUGUCUUCUCAUUGGCUAAAUCUGCUCCAGGAACCCCCAUGGACUUUUUGGAGAUUGGAAAAACGGUUGAGAAACUUACCAAAGAUAUCACAUUGACACCUGAACAGCUCAAGUCACUUCUGGAAGUCAAGAGGAAUCUGGAGACCAUUGACACCCUUGGAUUGGACUAUGCUAGGCGCCACAAGGAUAUCGAUGAAUCCAAGAAGGCGCUCGAUCAGAUGGACUUGUUUUUCGCGGACUUUAAGAUAAAAGUGACACCAGUUACAACAACUUCAAUGAUUCCACCUCCAACAUCUUCGACUCCGCCACUUGGACAGUUACAAUCAAAUGCAUCGACUGGAGCUCUUGGAGGAAAUGGAGAGUCAAAAGUGGAGGGAGGAAAUUGGAUUGAGGAGUGA